AGACAGGGAAGGAGACGCUGAGAGAGAGAGAGAGAGAGAGAGAGGGAAGGAAACGCUGAGAGGGAGAAGGAGACGUUGGGUCAGAGCAGUUCACGGGUCACUUUCUGAGAGUUAGUUUGGUGGUUCAAUGGCAUCAUCUGCAAUAAAACAUGGAGAAUUGGUUGCUUUACAGGAAUUAGAUUCUUCUUCACCCCUGUUUAAGCAAGGUGCUUCACUUCGAGUUACUGGAAAACUACAAGAAUAUUGUGUAGGGACAGCCAUUGCCACCAUUGUUGAUGGAAGCGUUAGCCUAAAGAUCGACACCCAACACUUGAGGGACCUCAAUUUCCGUGUGGGAUCGAUCUACCAGUUCAUUGGCGAACUACUCAUACAAUCAGACACCGAUGCUGUCCUGCAGGCCCGUGUUGGGAGGAAUGUGGAUGGGAUCGACCUCAACCUCUACCACCAGUCGAUGCAUCUCCAACGACAGUUUGAAGUUGAUUACAUGAGGACACGAACAACUUAAUCUGCUUGUCACAGAUUCUGUUAUCGUUAACUACAUUGGGGUCGAAAUGAACUGCAAUAACUCAAGU